UUCAUUCUUGAGUUAGUGUUUACCGGAGACGUUUCACCUUGGUCUGCACCUGCCGAUCUCUAUCUGGUAGUUCAAGACGUCCUGUCCACGGCACCAGCCGACUUGGUAGCGGCUCCCUGGAUCCGAUGUUCCAAAACAAGUUCAGCUCAGUGGCCUCUUGGAACAACAACAAUUCCACCGUCAACAAGACGCCCUAGGCUCGUCCCGCCAAAGUCAACAUGAUGUGGUGUACUUGAACUUAACGUUAUCUGUCUUUGUGUGGACUCCGGUAUCGUCCAAGACCACGACGAUGCGACCUUACACCAAGCCUCUAGAUGGCGGCUGGGGCUGGGCGGUGGUACUAUCAGUUUUCGUCAUCUGCGCAUGCACCAUAGGAGUGACACGGUCGUUCGGCGUGUUCUUCAUCGAGUUCACCUCGCAGUUCAACCAACCAGCAACUGCCACGUCAUGGGUCAUCUCCGUUGCUAUGGCAAUCACGUUUGGAGGAGCGUUUUUCGGCGGGAUGUUUGGCACGAUGUUUGGCUUCAGACCUGUGGCGAUGGUGGGCGGAGUCUUGGCGGCGGCCGGGUGCAUUCUGACGUCAUUCGCGGGCAGUAUAGUCCACCUGUACCUCACCACAGGGGUGCUCACUGGUUUCGGUUCGUCAUUGGCCUUCAUUCCGAGCAUGAGCAUGGUGGGGAAAUACUUCGACAAGAAGCGAGCCAUCGCUAACGGCAUCGCCUUCUCGGGCGCCAGCGUGGGCAACAUCGUGUUCCCCCUGGUCUUCACGUACCUGAUCGAGGAGUACGGGUGGAGAGGGUCGUUCCUGAUCGCUGCCGGAGUCAUGCUGAACAUCACAGCCUUCGCGGCCUUGUUGAGGCCGAUCCAGCUGCCUAUGCCGACACCAGGACCCGACGCACAAGCUCCGACGAACCCCAAGGCACCGUUUCGCAACGGCGAGCAGAGAGACUUGCCCCGGGACGAUUCUGAGAUGGCAUCACACGCAGGCGCCGGUCCCACCGACGAGAUGAAAGUUGCAAUCGUGUCGAAUGGGAAAUCAGCAACGCCAACUCCCAGAAGUCCGGGGAAGAUGAUUCUGGCUCAGUGGAAGUCACUCUUGGCCUACAUUCCAUUCGUGUGUCUGACAAUUUCCGUGUUCCUUCUCGGGUUCGGCUUCUUCAUUCCCUUCGUGCACAUGGCCCCACGGGCAAGGUAUCUCGGGAUCGAGCAGUACGAGGCGGCGUUCCUGAUCUCUAUGAUCUCUAUAGGAGACCUGGUGGGCAGGCUAGCGUCGGGGUUUCUCCCCACGUCACGCAGAUUCCGCCGCCUCCAUUGGUACAUCCUGUGCAUGUUGGCGAUGGGCACUUCGUCUCUCUUGUCACCGCUGGCAAGUGGGUACGCAACGUUAGCCACGUACUCCAUCUUCUAUGGACUACUGGGAGGUGCGUGCAUGUCCAUAUCACUCACAGUCCUGGCGGAGUUGGUUGGUCCUGCAAGGCUUUCCAACGCCAUGGGGCUGAUGACACUGCUGAUGAGCGUGGCGAUUCUAGCAGGACCCCCUGUCGCUGGAGCACUGUUCGAUGCCACUAAAACAUACACCCUGUCGUUCAUCGUGGCCGGAUGCGCUCCCGUCCUGGGAGGACUGAUAGUCGCCAUCUUGCUGUGCCUUGGGGACGAGAACGUUCGCCGAGUGUCUGGGAGGGAGAGCUCUCCAACCGGUCCCGCCAACGGAGCCCGGCCCAGCGUCGUCAAGUCAGACGACAAGGAAGUUCUCAAGCCGUUUGUCAUCGAAACAUCAGUGUAAUAUGUGGUUGUGGAGCUUGCUAUCGAUGUUUAUCAGCAAUGCCUUGUCUGACAAGGACAGUAGACGUUUGUUUCAAGGGGAAAGUAUCAGAAUCUGUGAAAUUCUUGGCUUGGAGCCCGCUGAACAGUGCAAACAUCUACCGGGAAAGGUGGAAUCGCGAUCAUGUGUUUGUGUGCGUAUGGGGGGGGGGUCUUUUUGAAAUGACUGUUGUACAAUGUGCGAGGAAAGUUGCAAUUGUGUCAUGGUAUGUAACGGGCCUUUUAGAACUACAUUUUCCAGGAGCUGAAAGAGAUAAUAACGUCGUUACAGUCAACGUCAUUUCUAUUCGACAGAGUUUUUUUAGCGUUUUUAGACAUAACUGAUACCCCUCCCCCCCACCUCGUCACAUGCAGUGACUUAAGUGCGUUAAGCUUAAGGUAUACCAAUAUUUUUACUCCAGUAAAAGUAUCUCUAUGUAUGUACCUUCAUGGCAACUGCUGUGAGAAAAGAGCAAUCCAUAUACACACGUGUAAAGAAAUCUCACUCACGCACACUUGCAAUAUGCUGUUGAUAUUGUUGUAUUAUAUUUGUUGCUGAUUAGUUAUUUAGGUGGAGGCUUAAGUCUAACGUCAAUAAUAUAACACGAAGCAAUAGUUAAUGUGCAAGCAACUGCGAUAACAUUUUCGAAUAUUCGUUUUAGUUAGUCAUCUCUACUUUUAUUGUGCAAAUAUUUUGUGUCUUUUCGUCGUCACAAACAUUCAGUCUGUUGCAAAAAUAGUGUAAGGUUAUAUCUUUUCGAAAUAUUCGUCAAAAUCUUGUUCAAUUCGGUAUUGUGAGCAUUAUAGGCCUGUACCAGGUCCGCUGCUUAUUGUUUGCUGGACGGAGGUUAAAAAUGUAACAAUGUACCAAGUACAACUAACAUAAACUUCUAUCCAGGAAAGUCUGAA